AUGACGCCAACAUCUGAGAAUCAGGAAGAAUGCACUGGUCUUCUCAACAAUAUCGAUAAGAAAAGCCAGGAUCCAGACAUACCUGCAAAUGGCUUUGAGAGUUCGAAGCCCUACAGGCGUCGAUUCCUCAUCCUAAUUCCUAUACUACUUCUAUCUCUCACUACCAACAUAAUCACUCUCUCCAUCAUCACCUCAAACCACAAACCCCAUCGAGCACCAUCGAAAUACGCUGGGCUUCACCUCACCCAAACAGAACCCUACGUCCUCUUAACCGACUACUCCUCCUCCAACACAACCUUAGCAGACACCCUUUGGCACUCCAUAAACAUUGACAGCGGCGUUGUCGCCCUCUCGGACUCCUUCGCUUCAUCCCACAACCUCCGCACGGCGCAACGCUUUCCCUGGGACACAAGCAAAGGAAUCUACAUCCUGCAUGGCUUCCACAACUUGCACUGCCUAAAGAUCAUCUACAUGAGCCUUUCUGAAUUUCGGGACGGCCAGGCACAAUCGCGAACCUGGCACCACAUCGCGCAUUGUCUAGAUGCUUUAAGACGACAGAUUCUAUGCGAUGCGGAUGAUACGCCCAGGGCUACAGAGAGAAGGGCCGAGGUUGUUAGUGGGGUCGGGCAGUAUAGGGUUUGUAGGGAUUGGGGGCAGUUGGAACUUUGGGCGAAAGCCCAUACGGCUUGUUAUAAGCGGCCCGAGAAACCGGGGGAUGAGACUGGAUUGCGGAGGUAUAUGCAUUGUCCGGAGGGGAGUGGGUACGUGAUUGAUGAGGGGUAUGUGCCCAAGGAGGAGAUUUUGGUCGGCCUGCCCGAAGAAUCGAUCGCAACAAGUGUGACACAGGAGGUAUAG